AUGGAGUCCAUGGUGGACCAGUAUAUAAGCCAAGCUGCAGGAAGUCAGCAGAGUCUGGCGGCGAGCACUGCGGAACUACAACAGCUCCAGAUGGAACAUGACACACUGCUGGAACGACACAACAAGAUACUGCAGGAGACCGUCGCUAAAGAGGCCGAACUCAGAGAGAGACUCAUGUCUCUCCAGGCUGAGAUUAUGUCACUGCGGACAGAGCAUGCUCAGACGGUGGGUCAGCUAACCUCGCAGGCCGUGGCCCAGCGCUCAGGGUUCAGGGAGCAGAUCCGCCACCUUCAGGAUGAACACAGAACUACAGUAGAGACCCUGCAGAACCAGAUGACCAGGCUGGAGAACCAACUGUUUACACUGCAGAAACAGACCAGUCCAGCUCCAGUCCAGACCAGUCGUAAGCCAGUGGUGGACCGCCGGGGGGGAAUGGGGGGGCUGGGCCUCGGUGGACUCUCCAGUCCCAUGGCUACAGAGGAGGGGAGGGCAUGGAGACCUCCGAGACAGAGUCCCUGUCACACAUCCCUACCCUCACUGGAGCAACUACUCACCUCCCCAGACCCCAAACAGG